AAAAUGGAGCCUUUCGCUCUGAAGCUGGAAAUGCUCAAGGGCCCCCGGCAGGGAGAAACCCUAGAGUACCGACCCGGUUCCAAGAUCCGAAUCGGCCGGGUCGUCCGCGGCAACAACCUCCCUAUCAAAGACUCCGGCAUCUCCACCAACCACCUAAUCAUCGAAUCCGAAUCGGGCAGAUGGACGGUCCGAGAUCUCGACUCCUCCAACGGCACCAUAGUAAACGACGCCGCCGUCGACCCGAACACGCCGUUGGAGCUCCACGACGGCGACGAGAUUAAAAUCGGAGAGUACACCUCGAUCUCCGUCAAGAUCGAGUGCCGCGAAGAAGAGAGCCGGUUGCGGCGGAACCCGAGGCGCGCGGCGGUGGGUAAGGUGGUGGCGGGUGGCCGGAGAGGUAGGGCUGCGGAGGAGAGCGAAUUGAAAGUGAAACCGGAGGUGGAGAAAGAGAAUGAUGAGGAGAUUGGUGGAGCGGCGGCUAGGGUUCCGGCCCGGAGAGGCAGGGCGGCGAAGAAGAUUGAAGUGAGCUGUGAGUUGGAGAAAGAGGUGGAGGAAAUUGAGGCGGUGGAGAAGCGGAAGAGGGGCCAGGGGCGGCCGAGGAAAGCUAAGGUUUUGAAGAGUGUGGAGGAUUUGGUGGAGGAGGAGGUUGCGGUGGUGCUGGAAGUGAGUUCGAGAGCAGCUCAAAGGUCGAAUGUGGUUGCGGAAUCGGUGAGUUGCAGUGUGGAGUGUGAAGAAGUGAAGAUUAAACCGAAGAAGCGAGGUAGGAAGAGAAAGGAUGUGCAAGAGGAGCAGCUUGUGUGUGAGAAAGGCAAUGUUGUUGCCGAGGAGAAAAAUUUGGGGGAAGUUGCCUCGGUUGGUGUUAAUGGCGAUAAUGAGGAUAAAUGUGGUGUUUUGGAGCAGAAGGAUUCGGGAGAAGCUGUUUUAAUUGCUGCUAAUGGCGAUAAUGAGGAUGGAAGUGAUGUCCCGGAGCAGAGGGAUUUGGGAGGAAUUGGUCCGGUUGAGGAUGAUGAUGCUAAGGGGCUAGAUCAUAGGGACGAGACGCGUGAAGAAGCAGCAGUUGGAGUUGGUGUGGGAGAGAGUGGCAAUGAUGAUAAUGAGAAGACAAAAGAGUCCAAUUUGAGCCAUGAAGAGGCGGCAGCCAGUGAAUGUGAUGUUGGAGAGAGUGGCGAUAAGGUUGAAAGUGGUAGUAGGAGCUGUUCUAGUGUUAGUGGUGCUAAGGAUGUUGAUGAAAGGGGGAGUGGUUCUGGUGUCAAAGAAGGUUUGGGAAAGAUUUGGCAGGAGGAGCCUGAUUUGGAGAAGAUGACAUUGGACGAUUGGUUUGAUUAUGUGGAAGUUUCUUGGGCAAAAGUGGUAAAUGAUGAGAUUGAUAAGAUUUGUGCUGGAAUGAGAGAGAAAGCUAGGCUAGUCCAGGAGUGUAUAGCCCAGCACAAGAGGGAGAAGGGUCAAAGCUAACAGAAGGACUGCCUCGUGUUUUGUGGAUGGUUGGUCCAUGCAAGAAUGUAACUCCAAAACUCGUAAGGAAGUUUUCCUUGAUUUUGAGGAACGUUGGUCCAUGGAUCUCUACCUUAUCUCUUAGUGAUUACAA